AUGCCUCCUGGUUUUUCCAAGAAGCGCAAGGUCCUUGAUGGCCUCAAGGGCGAGACUGGCCGCAAGAAGAAGUUUGUGAAGCAAAAGUUCUACCACAGCAGCUCCGAAGACGAGGAAGACGAUGAUAAAUUCAAUGCCGUCAACCUCGGAGACUCAGACGAGGAAGGAGGCGUCAAAGUGAAGAAACCAUCGACUCUUGACAUCCGUAUGGAGAAAGCGAAGAAAACCAAGGAAGCACCUGCACCGGAACCGAAAAAGUCAGACGCCAGCGACUCAGAGUCCAACGAAGAAGACGAGGAGGAGCAGGAAAUCGAGCUAGGCUCCGAUGAUCUUGAGGAUGAUGAUGACGACGAAGUCUCUGGUUCAGACGAUGAGGACCUCUCCGACUCAGGCCCUAAGGCUACAGGCGCCAACCGCGGCCGUGCCGUCCCCAAGCGCAACGACCCCACCGCAUUCUCGACCUCCAUCUCCAAAAUUUUGUCCACAAAACUUCCUACGUCCGCAAGGGCUGAUCCCGUGCUCUCACGAAGCUCAUAUGCCUCAAAGCUCGCUGCCGAGGCCGCAGAUGACAAGCUCGACAAGGCUGCGCGGGCUAAGAUGCGCGCUGACAAGAAGGAGGAAUUGGACCGCGGUCGUGUCCGUGAUGUUAUGGGUAUCAAGAGAGGACUUGCUGGUCCCGUCGCUGAAGAAGAAAAGCGCGUGCGCAAGAUGGCUCAGCGCGGUGUUGUCAAGCUGUUCAACGCCGUGCGUGCGGCUCAAGUUCGGGGUGAAGAGGCGGCCAAGGAUGAGCGCAAGAAGGGCACAAUUGGUAUGGGAGAGCGGGAGAAGGCCGCUAAUGAGGUUAGCAAGCAAGGAUUCCUUGAGCUGAUCAAUGGAAAGAAGGGAAAGCCUUUGAACAUCGAGGAGGCUUGA